UGAAAUUGAAAACCAAAAUCUUCAAUCCUCCGAUCAUCUUCUCCAUUUCGCAUUUGUUCGUUUGAAUUUUACGUUCACACGCUGCCGUAGAUAUAUAUAGUCUUUUUUUUCUCUGGACCGAGAAAAAUGCCGACGAGUUGUGCCCUCCGGGAGGAAAUCGUUUCUGCGCCGGAAUCGGCCCCCGGAUCGCCCAACAACAUGAUAAAAUUCAUGUGUAGCCACGGCGGAAAGAUUCUCCCGCGGCCGUCCGACGGCCGCCUCAAGUACGUCGGCGGCGAGACGAGGGUUAUCUCCGUCACCAGAGACAUUCGAUUUCAAGAAUUAAUGAAGAAGCUCAUAUACCAAAUAGAGGGAGACAUGGUUCUCAAGUACCAGCUUGUCCCGGAGGACCUAGAUGCCUUAGUCACAGUCAAAUCUGACGAAGAUCUCCGGUACAUGAUUGAAGAAUGCGAGCGGUUGGGACCCACCCGCUCCGCCAGGCUCAGGGCUUUCCUUUUUCCAUUACAGCCGGUUGUGCUUGAACCACCACCACCACCCCUCGGCCUCUCAGCAGAGGCCAUAGAGCAACGCUAUGUUGAUGCCAUCAAUGGCAUUGUUCGCCCCAGCCACACCUAUAACCACUUGCUGGAAGGGAUGAAGCUGCCUGCAGCCAAGCCCAGCCUUGGCCUGAACCGUUCUGUUUUCAGCAUUUCGUCGGCGUGCUCUUCUCCAAGAUCACCUGACAAUGAUGGGGUUUGUGUUUAUAAUAAUGACCAUUUGAUGCCAAAUGGGGAUUUCGCAAAUGGUUAUAAUAUGCAUAGAGUUCACAGCAUGCCUAGUUUUGGAAGUGGUCUGAAUGGUCAUUACACCCCUCCAUUGAAUGAGUCUCCACAGUCUCAUCACCACCAGCAAAACCAAGUGCACCACCACCAUCAUUUUCAUGGAUAUCAUCAUCAGUCUGGCAGACCAAUGACGGAUCAUUACCAUGGGCCGAAGCCCAACAACCGCUCGGGUUUGGUUAGGUCCCCAGGGAGUCCUCAACACAACAACAAUAACAACUAUUAUUACCCGACAAGAGAGAGCCGAGGCAAGAUGGGGAGCUGUAACAGAUGCACUAUGAUGCCUCAGUUUGAUGACUGUGGCCAUUGUUAUGAGGUUCUGCGAAGGGAGAGAGCAGCGAGAAGUGCCUCCCCUAGUCCUAUUCUUCUCAGUCCCCGGUAUGGGCACAGUGGCAGUGGCGGUGGAUUUAGGUUGUGGGAUGGUCCCAUGACAUCUGCAGAGACUUUCAACUGACAACAGAUGUAGAGUGGGGGUGGGGGGUUAGCUGCUCACAUUCUGAAGUACUCCGUACUACAAUGUGGCAACUCCUAACAAUAGCAAUGAAGGACGACUCAGCUUUCAAAGACCUUUCCUUCACCAAAAAGCCCGGAUUCCAAGAGUGAAGAGUCAAAAAAGCGGAGCAAAUGAG